GUCAGUCUGUUGGCCAUUAGCUGCGUUUUAGUGGCGAAUCGAACGUGAAGAAGAGCUGAUCUGAGAGCAGCUAACAGUUAACGGACAUACGUUAGAGGAGGCACCUCGCGCCGGGGGGGAAGAGCGUUCGAUGUUACUAAAGAGACGACCCAUUGGGGCGGUGUUUAUACCGUUUUAAACGGUAAUAGAGGAAGAGGAGACGACAGCGCCGCUCACCCGGAGAACCCCGGUGAUAAAAACAAUGCGACGAACUGUUAACUUACAAUCAGAGCGGAGGAAUUUCUGGUGAAAACCGAAAGCCGCCCUCCGCACACACACACACACUCACUCACACUCACACACUCACACACACACACACACACACUCUCUCGGUGUUACCGCGCCGUUAACGCGUCCACUCUUUAGCUCCAUGGUAGCGCAGACACGUAGUUAUAAUCCACUCAGCGGGACACCCUGGAAGAGACGGAGUUACCUCAGGAGGAUGCCGAGCAGCGGGGUGUCGGUGUGAGGAUCCUUCCGCCAGGAUGUGAGAUGAACCCGGAGAAAGCAGCGACCGAGGCCAACAUGAUGGUCCGGAGCUCCGUGAGUAACCGCGCUAGCUCGCACGGCCGAGGCCGAGCCAAAGUGACUCACGCGGUGGUGGUGAUCUUCCUGGAGUUCUUCGCCUGGGGGCUGCUGACCACGCCCAUGCUGACUGUCCUCCAUGAGACGUUUCCUCAGCACACAUUCCUGAUGAACGGCCUGGUUCAGGGCGUGAAGGGCUUCCUGUCGUUCCUGUCGGCUCCUCUGAUUGGUGCGCUGUCAGAUAUCUGGGGCAGGAAGUCUUUCCUCCUCAUGACGGUGUUCUUCACCUGUGCCCCUAUCCCCUUCAUGAGGAUCAGCCCAUGGUGGUAUUUCGCUCUGAUCUCAGUCUCAGGGAUUUUCGCGGUGACCUUCUCGGUGAUCUUCGCCUACGUCGCCGACAUUACAGAGGAGCACGAGAGGAGCACGGCCUACGGACUGGUCUCUGCGACCUUCGCAGCCAGUCUGGUGACGAGCCCGGCCAUCGGGGACUAUCUGUCCGCGCAGUACGGCGACAGCCUGGUGGUUCUGGUCGCCACGAUAAUCGCCGUGGCCGACAUCGCCUUCGUGUUCUUCGUCGUCCCGGAGUCGCUGCCGGACAAGAUGCGGCUGACGUCCUGGGGCUUCCCCAUCUCCUGGGAGCAGGCCGACCCCUUUGCAUCUCUGCGUCAUGUGGGCAAAGACACCACAGUGCUGCUGAUCUGUGUCACAGUGUUCCUGUCCUACCUGCCUGAGGCCGGACAGUACUCCAGCUUCUUCCUCUACCUGAGACAGGUGAUUGAGUUUUCUCCUGCAGCCAUCGCUGCCUUCAUCGCCAUGGUGGGAAUCCUCUCGAUAAUCGCUCAGACUCUUCUCCUCAGUGUUUUAAUGAGGACCAUCGGUAAUAAGAACACAGUUCUUCUGGGUCUGGGCUUUCAGCUCUUCCAGCUGGCCUGGUACGGCUUCGGAUCUGAGCCCUGGAUGAUGUGGGCGGCAGGAACAGUAGCAGCCUUGUCCUCCAUCACCUUCCCAGCAGUCUCUGCUCUGGUGUCACACAGUGCAUCACCUGACCAACAAGGUGUGGCACAGGGGAUGAUCACAGGUAUCAGAGGUCUGUGUAAUGGAUUGGGUCCGGCUCUAUACGGGUUUAUCUUCUUCCUCUUCAACGUGGAGCUGAACGACAUGCAGCCGGUGGCAGGAAGACCGGCACAGACCACGGAGAAGUCUGUCAUCCCCGGUCCUCCCUUCCUGUUCGGAGCGUGCACCGUCGUGUUCGCUCUUCUCGUCGCCAUCUUCAUCCCCGAGCACCACCGGCUGGCCGACGUCAAGACCUGCUCCGCCCGCAAGUCCAGCAGCGCCUCCGCCGCACACGCUCAGAACGCCGGCCCUCUGGCCACGCCCACCAGCGACGCGGAGGACAUCGAGCCGCUCCUGCAGGACAGCAGCAUGUGACUGACAGCCAGCCCCUGAGGCCUGAGCCCGGUCUGCUAGUCCCGCCCCCUUCAGAAUAAACCAAUUUCAGCUUUUAUUUUUUUAUUUCUUCAGACUGUUCGGACGGAAGAGUCGGGGGACGUUGGCGCGGCAACCACACUGACGAGCUUUAUCUCUUAUUUAUAGCCUUUGAUUCGUUUAGCUGCCGUAUGUUUGUCAGGUUUCACUUCAGGUUGCUCUGAAUGUGGACUUUACAGGACUGGUUCUGGUCCUGGUGGUUCUGUUUCAGACCCAAAGAGACAAACGGGUCAUUUUCUCUCUGUUGUAGCUGUAAUAUAAAUCUUAGUCAUCGUGAAAUGAAUGUAAAGGAAUUAAUGAGAAAACAUUAACAUUAUUAAUAUAACAUCUUUUAUUCAAAGAAGUUCUGCCUCAUUGUUUAAAGACCUGCAGCCAUUAUUAACACCUGGUCCAGGUGUGUUUGGGCUUUGAACCUCUGGCGGGACGUUCUUCAGUAAAAACAUUAGCUCUAAGAUCUAAGUACUGGAGCUCACAGACCAUAAUGCCAUUUGUAGAUUAGAGUUUGCUGAAGUUCUGUUGCUGUGGUCGGUUUCAGAGCGUUUAUACUGUCGCUCUCUGAUUCGCUGCGUAGUUUCUCUUUUUAAGGCCGUUUUUUAUAGUUUGUAUGAAUAUCGACAGGAAGAGAGGAGGUGAUGACACCAUGGUUCUGGCUGAGAUCGGUCCGGUUCUGGUCUUUAGCUCCUCUUUUGAGAAGGUUGUGAACCGCCAUCUUUGUUCCAUAUCUCAGUUUACAGUCAGUCUGGUUGCCGCCUCGACGCUCUGGAGUCAGUUCGCCUUCCCUCUGCGUGUGUGUGUGUGUGUGUGCCCCUUAACUCCACCCGGGGAGGCCUGCAGAGAUCAAACGCUCCUCGCUGUGCGGGACCGAAGGGACCAGCAGGUGGAGGUGUGUUGAGUCCCAGAAGCUACAGACUGUUUUAACUGGAACUUUUCACGGCGACGGAGAGACGGGGAGAGGACGGUGAGGUCAGAGCUGCUCGGGAUUGUGGGAUAUAAACACAGGAGUGGAAGUCGUCGCCUGCAGGGGGCAGCGUUGUUGUUGUUGUUGUUGUUGUUUUUGUUGUUGUUGUAUGAUCCAGUCUCUCCGACUGUUAACUGAGAGGAGAACGUGGCGGUCGCUCUCACUGAGCAUGUGCAAGCUCCGGCCAGCUGUGACAUCAUCGUCCUGUCCAGAAACAUUCAUUUAAAAGGUUUGAAGUUCUUCUGAGCCGGGUGGCGUCACGGAGGAAAAAUAACAAAUCAUUUAUCUCAACAUCCAAAUCUGACUGUUUCUCUCUCACAUCCAAACAUUAACAACAAGAUAAAGUGUGAUGGUGGUGAAGCAGUGUGGGAUCAUGGGAGUUGUUGUCUUCACCACCAUUGGCGUCAUUGCAGUCAGCUUCUCCCGGUUAGGAUUCCUUCAGUGUUCAUGGUUCAGGAGGUUUCUACCGGGAGCCCAA